GACAAAACUGAUUUCUAAACUCAACAGCAACUCUAAUCCUUCCUUAACCUUACCCAAACGUUUCCUGAAAACUAUAAGCCUACCAUAGCUUAAACAUCAACUGGCCAGAUAAGCUGUUUAACGUUUUCACACCUAUUUCAUCAGCUUUCUAGAAAUUUAAUAUUGGAUACCUGAUUUCAAGCUCAUCAAAAGAAGUUUAUCAAAGACCAGGAGUCUUUACCAUACGAGUGAACAAGACGAAACCAAACUGGUUUGCAAUAGCUGGUGGGGAACGUUAUUAGAAAUUGAAGGUCAAACGGGAGGAAAAUCAGUUUGUACGCUACAUGAUUUUGUACAGAAGUUUACUACACACCAGGAGAGGUUGUUUGCAAUGUGCAAGUAGAUUUCUGCAUGUACAGUCUGCUCCACUACAAGGAAGUUUUAAUCGGCAGCCGAAUAACUCAUGGACAUACAGAAUUAUAAACAGACUGUCUCAAAAAGAAAAAAUGCUCCUAUACCAAGAAUUGUCUAAAACUGUUAGUGGAAAGCUAGACUGUUCAAUUAGCAAAUCAGAAACAGAGGAGUCUCCUGUGACAUAUAAUCAGCUGAAGCUCGUUGUUGCCGGAAGCUGCCUUCCUUUUAUAGGCUUUGGUUUCUUGGACAACGCCAUUAUGAUAAUAGCUGGAGAAUAUAUCGAUUUGACAUUCUCAGCAAUGUUGGGUAUUUCGACCAUGGCCGCGGCGGGUCUUGGGAACUUGGUUUCUGACCUUUUCGGAAUUGGGUAGGUUUCUCUUCAUCAAGCAUAAUUCCUAACAACUGCGGUUAUUUUUACUUCUUAAUCGUGAAGUUAUUGUUUUAGAUCUACUAGU